CACUAGGCGGCGACAUAAACCUCACUAGGUCUGUGUUCUACUCAGUAAAACCCAGUACGGCAAAAUAAAAGGAAACCAGGAAAAAGGUGUCAGGUGGAUGAAACUGCAGCGCUCUCUGCUCCUCUAUGAGAGCUCAGCUGUUUUUGUCCCCUCACCAGACUUAAGCAACACAGAAUGGAGUUUGUGGAAUUGAUAAAGACCCCUCGGGUGGACAGUGUGGUCCUACACAGGCCCUUCCUACCCACUGUGGAGGGAACUCUGUGUUUAACAGGCCACCACCUCAUCCUGUCCUCACGGCAGGAUAACACGGAGGAGCUCUGGCUGCUCCAUGCCAACAUCGAUGCUAUUGAGAAGAGGUUCGUCGGCUCUCUCGGCUCAAUCAUCGUGAAAUGCAAGGACCUGAGGAUUAUUCAGUUGGACAUACCUGGCAUGGAGGAGUGCAUCAACAUUGCCAGCUCCGUUGAAGCGUUGUCCACCCUCGACUCGGUCUCCCUGAUGUAUCCGUUCUUCUACCGGCCCAUGUUUGAGGUCAUUGAUGACGGUUGGCGCUUGUUCUCACCAGAUGAGGCCUUCAAAGAUCUGGAGUCAAUGACAGAUGAGUGGAGACUUAGUGAAGUGAAUAAAGACUUCAUUGUUUGCCCCUCCUACCCUUCACUGGUGGCUGUCCCUAAGGAUAUAGAUGACGACACUCUGUGCAAAGCUGCUGCAUUUCGAUAUGGCGGACGCUUCCCGGUGCUCAGCUACUACCACAAGAAGAACGGCAUGGUGAUGAUGCGAGCAGGACAGCCUCUGACCGGCACAAACGGACGUCGCUGUAAGGAAGACGAGAAGUUGAUCAACGCUACGCUGCGUGCAGGGAAACGCGGCUACAUCAUCGACACCCGCACUCUUGCUGUAGCGCAGCAGGCUAAGACCCGGGGAGGCGGCUAUGAACAGGAGGCCAACUACCCACAGUGGAGGAGAAUCAACAAAGCUAUAGAGAGAUACAAUAUUCUACAAGAGAGCCUGAUAAAGCUGGUGGAGGCGUGUAACGACCACUCGAACAGCAUGGACCGCUGGCUUAGCAAACUGGAGGCCUCCAACUGGCAGAGCCAUGUUAAAGAGAUCCUCACCACUGCCUGCCUGGCUGCUCAGUGCAUCGACAGAGAGGGUGCUUCAGUGCUAGUGCAUGGGACCGAGGGCACGGACUCCACACUUCAGGUCACGUCUUUAGCCCAGGUCAUAUUGGAUCCGGGCUGCAGGACAGUCCGUGGCUUCCAGGCCCUUGUGGAGCGUGAGUGGCUGCAGGCAGGUCACCCGUUCCAGCAUCGCUGUGCCCAGUCUGCGUACUCUAACGGGAAACCGAGGAGUGAAGCGCCUGUGUUCUUGCUCUUCCUAGAUUGUGUGUGGCAGAUCCUGCGGCAGUUUCCUUGCUCCUUUGAAUUUAAUGAACUCUUUCUGGUCACGCUGUUUGAACACGCUUAUGCCUCUCAGUUUGGCACUUUUCUGGGAAACAGCGCUGCAGAGAGGGUGAAGUUGGAGCUCUGUCAAAAGACUGUGUCCCUGUGGUCAUGGAUGAACAGGCCUCAGGAGCUGGAACGCUUCCUUAACCCGCUCUACGAGGCCAACAGCCUUGUGAUCUGGCCAUCUGUAGCUCCGCAGAGUCUGCUGCUGUGGGAGGGUGUGUUCCUACGCUGGAAUCGCUCAACUAAGUGUCUGGACGAGGCUUAUGAGGAGAUGGUCCAUAUUAUUGAAUACAAUAAGGAGCUACAGAAUAAAGUGAACAGCCUCAGGAGGCAGCUCGCACAACUAGAAACCGAGGACACCCCACUUCAGAGUCCAUAGACGUGCACCUUGAGCUUACUGAGAAAUCUACACAGAGCUUUGGAGUUCCUAUUCAGCACUACUGAAAUUUAUUCUGACCCCUGCAUGCAUGUACACUUGCACACGUUCACACACACACACACACACACAACGUCUAAAAAUAAUCCAUCUGUGUGAUCUUUUUUUUCCCCCCCUAGUAGUUCUUGUUGGCCUUCAAGCCUUGUCAUUUCAGGUGCUUAUACACUUUCAGUAAAAGGCUAUGAUAAAUAUAUAUCGUUUAAAUAUACACACACUUAUGUUUGUGGCUGUUUAGCAACUUUCAUACACUAAUAGAAAUAUAUCAAAGUUUCGAAGCGGCCAGUUCUUUGACAUGUGGUUAAUAUCAGCAGCUGGACUAAAUCGUGCAAUUAUUUUUAAUUCUUUUCAUAUAAAUGGAGGUCUAUAAUGGUCAUUGUUUGCUCAGAAGAUGCUCUGAAAUUUUGUUGUAGAACAAUAGUGAAUAAUUUAGCACUGUAAAGAAAUCUAUUUUAUAAGGGAAAUAAUGCUCGCUUAAGUUUGGGAAGCAGGAACUGUACAAUAAAAAGUGACCCGUGGCUGAUGCACCUUUUGGUUCAAAGAGCCAUAGUGUCCUGAAGCAUAUACAUUGUAUAGCAGUAAUCAGUUAUCAAUUUAAAGUGCAAGUCCCUUUUGUCUGUACAGUAUUGUGUCUGAACAGUAGACCUUGCACAUUAAACAGCUUUUUAAUGUGGUGGCAGUGAAUAAUUUGUCUGUUCCGUUAGAUUAGAGAUAAUGGUUUAAAACCAGAUUUAAAAUACUAAACUGUUUUAGACAUUUCUGUCCUCACCACGUGUAUGAAGGACACAUCAUUUCUACAGUUUGGCCAUUUUGCUUCUGGACAGCAUAUUGACAGUUUUGUAUGUAUGCCACAAAGAGUGUCUGGAAGUCUUCCCAUGUCUUAUCUAACUUUAAGGGCAGAAUGUGAAAUGUGUCACGCUCUAUAUCUACAGUUUGGAUGCAGGCUUUUUGUGUUAUACCGUACAUGUUCACUGUUUACCCCAAACAUGCAUUUUCUGUCACAUGCAUUUUUUUUUUUAUCUUACUGUUAUAAAAGUCUUCAGUGCAAUGCUUUACUGAGAAAGUGAACAUGCUCUUUGUACCAUCAUAACUGUUGUUUUAUGUCGUAUUCUUUGGGCAUUAAAUGUUCUGUAGUCAGUUUAAUACAAAACAUGAGUAAAACAAACCUUUAAUAAAGUUAUAACAUGCUA